AUGAACCCAGCACGGAGACGCUGCCGGCAGCUCCAGCAUCGGCAUGCGGCGCUCCAGGUGGAGGGGGCGGCGGGAGACGGAGGAGGGGCAGGGGGGGACCGUGCCCGAGUCCCCGGGGGCAUCGCUGCCCAUCCCGGGGGGCGCCCCCUGGGCCGGCGCGCUCCUGGCCGGCGCCCAGCAGCGAGCGAGGCGCCUCGGCCGCCCCUCCUGAGCGCCCCUCUCUCCGCUCCGCUCCUCUCCCGCCAGAGCAGCGCCGCGCCGGCCUUCGCGGGGGGCCCCGUCUGCGCCCGGCCCCGGCCCGGCCCGACGGCGGCGGCGGCGGCGGCGGCGAAGGUUGCCCCGGAGACGUGGCUCGACUCGGCUUGGGCGGCCGCCGCGGCUCUCCUGCACGGCGGCGGCGGCGAGGACGAGGACGGCGCGGGCCCCGGACCGCAGCAGGGAGCUGGCGGGCCGGAUCACUUUGGCAGCUUGCCUUUUGCCCCUGAUGUGGAGGUCAGACCUGGAGACCAGUUGUCCACACAGAUCUACAGGAACAAGCAGCUUCAAGACACCCUGCUGCAGAAGGAGGAAGAACUGGCCCAGCUCCAAGCAGAGAACAGGCACCUGAAGCAGUUCCUCAGUUCCACCCUGGUCAGACAGUUGGAGGAAAAGGCCAAGAAGCUGCUGUGGCAGAACGGUCGGAAAGCUUGCGGCGCUUUCAAGAGGCACCUGAAAGCAGAGGGCCCCCACCCUCCUCGUGAGCCUCCCCCCGCGCCAAAGGCCAGGAGGAACCUCCUUGGGGACUUCUCUGCCUGCGAAGAGCAGCCCAGUGCCGACGUGGACGUUUGGGUCUUGAGGACCCUGGGAUUAAAAGACAUCAACACGAUCGAUGAGUCUUCUUCAGCUAACUACAGUGCCUUGACUUUGGACCCAGCUCCGGCCUCUUUCCUUUGUGGCCCAGCAGAGACGACAGACUUUGGCAUCAGCACCGGCCAGCCAGCUGUUUACAGGUGUGAUGCCUUGGCCCCCAUGGACAGGAGCCCAGCCAAUGCAAGGAAAGAGCCUCUGCCUGCUGCCCCACAGCUCCCGUCUUCCUUACCACACAGCAACACCCCACGGGCGUCCUGCGGCUUGCCCAGCUGCUCGGACAACAUCUCGCUGCCGAAAGCACACGUGGCCUUCACCACAUCCGUAAGCCCCCACUGCAAUGUGAAAACACACACCUUCCGCCAGGGGCAGGCCUUUGUGCGCCGAGACGAGGACGGGGGGUGGAAGCUGACGUGGGUGCCCAAGAAGCCCGAGUGA